CCUUAAGAAGCCCCCUGCUCCAAUCCUCUCAAGCCAUCUCCACACUCACUCCUCAUUCUUGGAGAACAACACAGAACCUAGUCAAUCAGAAUGGCCGCAACCACCAUGUCACUCUCUUCCCCAGCCUUCGCCGGCAAGGCAGUGAAGAACUUGCCAUCAUCAUCUCUUUUUGGGGAGGCUCGCGUCACCAUGCGCAAGACGGCGGCAAAGGCCAAGCAGGUUACCUCUAGUAGCCCGUGGUACGGCUCUGACCGCCUGCUCUACCUGGGCCCGCUUUCUGGUGAGCCCCCGAGCUACCUGACCGGUGAGUUCCCCGGGGACUACGGGUGGGAUACCGCUGGUCUGUCGGCUGACCCCGAGACCUUCGCCAAGAACCGGGAACUCGAGGUGAUCCACUGCCGUUGGGCCAUGCUUGGCGCGCUCGGUUGCGUCUUCCCCGAGCUACUCGCCCGCAACAGCGUUAAGUUUGGUGAGGCUGUUUGGUUCAAGGCCGGAUCCCAGAUCUUCAGCGAGGGCGGCCUUGACUACCUCGGCAACCCAAGCCUUGUGCACGCGCAAAGUAUCCUUGCCAUUUGGGCUUGCCAGGUCGUGCUCAUGGGCGCCGUCGAGGGCUACCGCGUUGCCGGUGGACCACUCGGUGAGAUCGUCGACCCACUCUACCCGGGCGGCAGUUUUGAUCCGCUUGGCCUUGCCGACGACCCUGAGGCAUUCGCCGAGCUUAAGGUUAAGGAGAUCAAGAACGGUCGCCUCGCCAUGUUCUCCAUGUUCGGCUUCUUCAUGCAAGCCAUCGUCACCGGCAAGGGUCCACUCGAGAACCUCGCUGACCACCUUGCCGACCCCGUCAACAACAAUGCCUGGGCAUUUGCCACCAACUUCGUUCCUGGCAAGUAAGGUGUGUGUGCUCCCGGUGAAGCAUGCUGUUGUGUGGUCUGAGUUGUACUACCAUGAUGUAAAUUACGAGGAUUCGAUUGUCUAAGAACGUUAAGAGGAGAUUCUCUGCAAGAGCUUAUGUUUUCCCA